CGAUCCUCGCGAGUUCGCUUCUCUGUUCCGUCGUCUUUUUUUGGGUAAAAGUCUCUCAUCUCUUUCCACUGAACUUAGUGGUCUUGAAAUCAAAUCCAAGUUGAGGUAUGUGAAAUGAGUUCCCAUGAACAUUAACGAGAACAUCCCAGUGACCCACUACCAACAGGCCAUCGUUUAUUCACCAGCGAUGAGGUAGCCGUAUAAUAGGAAACCCAUCACCACCACUGCCGCCCAUCUUUUGCCACCACCCACCCAUAUAUAAGAAGAAAAGCAGGGAUAAUGGAUAUUCCAUUACCAUUGGAUAAAUUAUCUUUGGGAUCUUUGGAUCAAGGUGUCUCACCAAAUUCUGUAACCAAGGAUCGAAUUUAUGUUGUUCUUGUAUCAACUGGAAGUUUCAACCCUCCUACUUAUAUGCACCUACGCAUGUUUGAGUUGGCAAGAGAUGCAUUGAAUUCAGAAGGUUAUUGUGUUAUUGGAGGUUACAUGUCACCUGUCAAUGAUACAUACAAGAAAAGGGGCCUUAUACCUGCUGAACACCGUAUUCAGUUGUGUGAUCUAGCUUGCAGAAGCUCUUCAUUCAUAAUGGUGGAUCCAUGGGAGGCAAAGCAAAGUAGCUACCAACGCACUCUGACUGUUUUGGCUAGAAUCCAAAGUUGCUUGUGCAGGACUGGAGUGAUUUCCAGAGAAUCCCUUAAAGUCAUGCUGGUCUGUGGUUCUGACCUACUCGAAUCUAUUUGCAUUCCUGGAGUUUGGAUCAGUGAGCAGGUCAGGACCAUCUGCAGAGAUUAUGGUGUUGUAUGCAUACGAAGGGAAGGAAAGGACAUUGAGAAGAUCAUCUCUGAGGAUGAAAUAUUGAAUGAAAACAAGGCCAACAUUAAAAUUGUAGAUGAGCAUGUACCUAAUCAAAUCAGUUCAACAAGACUAAGGGAAUGCAUAUCGAAAGGACUUUCAGUGAAAUACCUUACUGCAGAUGAAGUGAUUGAUUAUAUCAGGCAACAAAAUCUGUACUCAAAGUCAAGCGAAGAAUGAUGGUUUAGGCCUAUCAGAGCUGUUCUGUGGAAUAGCUUCUCGAGCUUAAUAUGUAUAGACAAAAACUCGUUUUUGCAAUUGAGCACACUAUCAAGGGUGUCAUAAAUGUUGGUAAGAUCUCUUUGCAAUCUAGUAAAAUGUAUAUCUAUAUACAUGUCUGCACAUAUUAUGUGUAUAAAUACAUGCAUCAAUGAUUUAAGCGCCCAUAGUUUAACAAUGAGUAUGGCAUUAAACAGAAUAGAAUGGUGAAACAGGAUUCAUGUAGCCGGAUGACCCCAUAGAGGUGGGAUAAUGCUUGGAUGAUGAUGAUGCAUACAUCCAUGAAAAAGUUCAUUUAUCUUCAGUGUGGCCAGUAGGUUGCUUUUGCAACUUCUUGCUGGGAUGAAUUAGAUUUAAAUGGUGCUGUUUGCAUUUGAAAUUGUGGAUUGAUGAACA